AUGCAUAACCUGGUGGUGGUUUGCUUUUCAUCAGUGGUUCUUUUCACCUGUGUAAAGACUGCUUUUCCACCACCAUGUGACAGUGAAAUAUACUGCACUGGGCCCAUCUUACAUCAGGUACAGGAAGCCAAACUGUUUGAUGAUGACAAGUACUUUGUUGACAUGAAGCUGAAGGAAACUCCUGAUGCUGUUUUGUCCGAUUUUCGCAACCUUUCACGCGGAUCACCAAACAUGAUCGUCCCGCCUGGCAAACUGCAGGAGUUCCUCAGGGCACACUUUGAGGAACCAGGGACGGAGUUCGAGUCCUGGACGCCACCAGACUGGCAUGACAAGCCAAAGUUCCUGGGAGGAAUAGCAGAUCCAGAACUACGGAAUUGGGCUGAAAAAAUACAUAAUCUGUGGAAGUCUCUCGGCAGAAAGAUCCAUGCUGGUGUUAAAGAUCACCCAGAGCUCUACUCACAGAUAUACGCCCCGCAUCCUGUCGUCGUGCCAGGAGGGCGCUUCAGGGAGCUCUACUAUUGGGACUCCUACUGGGUCAUCAACGGGCUCCUGCUGUCAGAGAUGACAGACACAGCCUAUGGGAUGAUUCAAAACUUCCUCUACCUUGUCAACAGAUAUGGCUUCGUUCCAAAUGGUGGGCGGAUUUACUAUGAAAGGCGCAGUCAGCCUCCAUUCCUCACUCUGAUGGUGGAGAGCUAUUAUCAAGCAACCAAGGAUGAAGAGUUCCUCAGAGAAGCUUUACCAGCUCUGGAGCAGGAGUACCUCUUUUGGAUGCAGAACCGUUCCGUGGCUGUGAAAGUAAACGGGGCAGAGCAUGUACUGAACCGGUAUCAUGUGCAGGCGGGCUUGCCCAGGCCUGAAUCCUACACAGAUGAUCUGGAAUUAGCUGAAGGACUCGCUGAUGACACUAAGGAGCAGCUGUGGAUGGAUUUGAAAGCGGGAGCAGAGUCUGGUUGGGACUUCUCAUCCCGCUGGUAUAUAGAUGGUGACGGCCACAACAACGGCACCCUCAGAGAGACCCGGACCAGUCAGAUCCUGCCGACCGACCUCAACGCUCUGCUGUGCCUCAACGAGAAGACGCUCGCUGCGUUUCACAGGAUACUGGGUGAUGGUGACUCAGCUGCACUGUAUGACCAGGCUGCAGCCUGCAGACUGGAGGCGAUGGAGUCUGUGCUGUGGGAUGCUGAGAAGGGAGCCUGGUUUGACUACAACCUGGUGACGCACACCAAACACGUUGAGUUUUACCCCUCCAACCUGGCACCUGUUUGGGCACAGUGCUAUUCUCGGCCUGAGAUGGGAGAGAAGGCAGUGCAGUAUCUGAAGGAGAGUGGUGCUCUCGACUUCCCCAAUGGAGUCCCAACGUCGCUGAGAGAGACCGGGCAGCAGUGGGACUAUCCUAACGCAUGGCCUCCUUUACAGCACAUGCUCAUCCACGGUUUAUCCAAACUCCCUUCAGAGGGUGCUAAACAACUAGCAUUUGAUCUGGCCCAACGCUGGAUCAAGACCAACUUUCUGGCACACAUGAAGUAUGACGCCAUGUUUGAGAAGUAUGAUGUGAACGGAGAUGGCAAACCUGGCGGUGGGGGAGAAUAUGAAGUUCAGCUGGGUUUCGGUUGGACCAAUGGCGUGGUCCUGCAGCUCCUGGACCAGUACGGGGCGACUCUCACCUCGGGAAGCAGACGUCUGUCUUCUGUUCUCCUCCUGCCUUGGGUCAUCUCAGCCACUCUCAUGCUCCAGUGAAUCAGAGGUGACAAAAGAGCCUGACUGGAGGUUGAAUUUUAUUAUUUCCUGGUUUCACUGCACUGACUCCCUCCCCACCCCACUGACAGCCUUCAAGCAAACACAAAGUGACAUUAAAAAUUAGUCUUAAUUGUGCAUAUUCUAACAGGGUUUGAUAUUUUUCUGUAUGAUCAGUUUCACUUAUUUGCAGAAGGAUGAUUUGAUGUAUCAUAGCUAAGAAUUCCCUCUAUGAAUAGUUUAGUAUUUAGCCUCAGAUAUCAGAAGAUCCAGAUCGUGCAGGCACUUCUGGACUCUCUCCAGUAAUGCAGGCUGUUAGUGUUUGCUGCUGCUUGGCUCUCAAUAUUAACUUGUCCCAAAUAUUGAACUGACAUUCCAGACAGUCAUUCACCUAAUUCAAUUAUAAACUUUAUUGCGGAACUGUAGCUUAACUCCCCGCGAGGCCUUCUAUUUGCAUGCAAACUGAAGUUGAAAUGUAAACGAGCUCAUGUGAGAAAUAAAAUGUCAA